AUGCCAUUUCUGUGUAAUAGUACUUACCGAUGUGCUUGUGUUAUUUCAGAAAUAUGUGUAAUAAAGCAUAUGUCACUUUAUUUCGAUGUGGAUUUUGAUAGCAAAGUUUUAAGGGCUGAGGCAAUUCUCAAUAUCGGUGUACUACAAGAAACCGAAGAAGUGGUUCUUGACAAUAGUGAGCUUGAGAUCGAAUCAGUGAAAUUUGAAGAUGGCACCAAAUUGAAAUUCGACGUCGGUAAUCAUAUACCAAAUUAUGGAUCCAAGUUUACUAUUAUUUUACACAAAAAGGUUGAGCCUAAUGAUACGUUUAAAAUAAAAAUAAAAUAUAGAACAUCCCCGAAAGCCUCGGCUCUGCAUUGGCUAAACUCUAAUCAAACAUUGGGCAAAAUAAUUCCAUAUAUGUUCAGCCAGUGUGGGCCAAUUCAUGCUCGUUCAGUCAUUCCAUGUCAAGAUACGCCGGCAGUAAAGUUUACAUAUGAUGCAGAAGUUACGGCACCUACAGAAUUAACGGUGUUGAUGAGUGCUUUGCGAGAUGGGGCAAUCGGCAAUAAAACUUCUUUCACACAACCCAUACCCAUGCCUUCGUAUUUGCUGGCUAUUGCUGUAGGCGCGAUGGAGUUUAGAACUAUAGGACCUAGGUCGAAAGUUUGGUCAGAAAAGGAAAAUAUUGAACAGAGCGCUUGGGAAUUUGCCGAUACAGAAAAGUACCUGCAGGCCGCAGAGCGAUUCUGUGGACCAUAUGAUUGGACACAAUACGACCUACUGGUUCUUCCACCACCGUUUCCUUAUGGUGGAAUGGAAAAUCCUUGUAUCACAUUUGUGACACCAUCUUUGUUGUCUGGAGAUAGAAGUCAAGCUGAUGUGAUAGUUCAUGAGAUUGUGCACAGCUGGACUGGAAACCUUGUUUCCAUCGCCUCUUUCGAGCAUUUCUGGUUGAAGGAAGGUUUCACGGUAUUUCUCGAAAGGAAAGUACAGUCUUCAUUAAUAUCUGAUCAUGAAGAAGCAAAGCGUAGUAGAGAUUUUCAUAGCAUUCUUGGUUUGCAAGCAUUAAACGAAACUGUAAGUGAAAUUUGUUAUGUAUGUUAUAUUACACGUGUGUUUAUUAUAUUAUGUUACAUUUGA